AACAACUCUAUAACGUCGUGCUCUUCUUCUUCUCUCUAUCACAUUCGUAACUCCUCUUUCGCUACAACCACAGCGAGUUGCACGGAGAUCCCAAACCACCGCCUCCUCCGCCGCGAAGCUUGCUCAGCCACCGCGACACCUGCCCCCCCUCUCUCUCUCUCAAAUUCAGCUACUAUCACAAGCUUCACAGGAGAUAUAGCUUUGGCUGGCUCAAAUUUUACGAUCUUGGGGUUCGGGCCGUGAGUUAGAAGAAGCAGGAAAUGGUUAAAAGGUAUGGAGUGUUUUGAUCUGCAGAAAAUAUCAUGUUGCGGUGCAUAGACGGGUUAAAGCAUUUAUGUGCUUCCUUCCUGAGUUGCUGUGAUCUUGGCUUGUACAAACAAUCGAGAGGCUUAGAAGACCCUGAAAUUCUAGCAAGGGAGACAGUGUUCAGCGUAAGUGAAAUAGAGGCACUUUACGAGCUAUUUAAGAAGAUCAGCAGUGCAGUGAUUGAUGACGGGUUGAUUAACAAGGAGGAAUUUCAACUGGCAUUAUUCAAGACAAACAAGAAAGAGAGCUUGUUUGCUGAUCGUGUACGUUUUUCUGUAUUUGACUUAUUCGACACAAAGCACAAUGGAAUACUAGGUUUUGAAGAGUUUGCUCGAGCUCUCUCUGUCUUUCAUCCCAACGCCCCUAUUGAUGAUAAGAUUGAGUUUUCGUUUCAAUUAUAUGAUCUCAAGCAGCAAGGCUUCAUUGAAAGGCAGGAGGUGAAGCAAAUGGUUGUGGCUACUCUCGCAGAAUCUGGCAUGAAUCUUUCAGAUGACGUUAUAGAGAGUAUAAUUGAUAAGACCUUUGAGGAAGCUGAUACAAAACAUGACGGGAGGAUCGACAAGGAAGAGUGGAGAAGCCUUGUUUUGCGGCACCCGUCCCUUCUUAAAAAUAUGACCCUCCAAUACCUCAAAGACAUCACCACAACAUUCCCGAGCUUCGUAUUUCACUCACAAGUGGACGACACCUGAAGUUGAAAACUUCCGUUUUUAAGCUCCAACAGACAUCAUUCUUUGAUUCAGUUGUGGUUUGCAUGUUUCUGAAGAAUGGGAGGGGCUCGCUAUUGUGUAAAAGGGUGAAGUAGAAAUUUUUUACGCCUUCAUAUUCGUUGUUUCUUUGUGUGUAUUUUAUGAUCGACGACGACGACUGAAGUUGCCUGUCAAGUAUAUUGUGGCUUCCGAUUUCGGCUUCUUACGAGACUGAAUUUGAAUUGUAGAGAGGCACACUAGUAUGAUUUUGGGACGUAAAAGAUAGAAAAGUGCAAGUGCAAGUUCUUUGGUAUCUUGCAAUUUGUCAUUCAUUGAUACUCUGGAAAAUGUCUGUCCACUUGAUAUAAUUUGGCCCAAUGAAGAAUUUCUGCCUUCUAUC